UUUAACGAAUCGGUUUCAACGUCGUGUGAGCCAAAUUGUAAACACAGUUUUUUGUCUUUGCUUUUGUGAUAAAAUUUAAGUAAAUGUACUCCACUUAACUUAAAUCAAUCAGGUAACAUCGAAAUUGUUCACAAUCGGCGAUGGCAUCAGGCGACACAAACAAAACAGCUGUUGUACAGAAAUCGCGGUCAUUUGGAGCGGAAUUCAGAAAGUUCAUUUCGAGCCCCCAGUGCCCAGCCUCCGAUAUACCAGCAUCGACCAAGAAAGCGCGAACCUUACAAGGACCAGGAGUAAAACUGACAUGUGAAACUGAGAACGCAUCCGUGAACGAUUCUGCUGGAUCCAAACAGAACCAGAUACACCGUGCAGUACUCCGCAACAUUGGCAACUCUCCAAAAACCAGACCAAAGGGAACAUCAUUCGACGCAAAUUCCCACCGAGGAUUCCAGGAUGUUAAGAGCAAAAAUAUACCGGCGCAGGUACUUCUAAAAAAUAUCUCCGUGGCACAUAAACAGGCCGUAGAUGUGUACAAAGAUAACCAGAACAUUUAUAAAGCGCCCCCUAAGCUUUCAUUGGGAAUGACAGCUGGAAUGAAGAUGCACCUGGGCAUUUCGAAGACGAGCAUCCGUUCAAACUCUUCUCGCGAAAUAUUCCAUGGUACUGGGAACGUUGGAGAAAAGAGAAACAUAUCUCGUGGAUCCAUGAGUAAGUCAUAUGGCUCUAAUGGAUCAAAGAACACGAGUACAAUCAGAGCGCAUUCAUCAGCUGGUCAACACGUCAAGUCUGAUGACAACGGUUCUGCCCGUAAGCAUUCGGAGAUGAUCAAGCAAGUCAAACAUGCCACUCUAAACGUUUCAUCUGAUGAAUUGUGCAGAUCGGAUCACUCUACCUCUUUAUCGAGCUCUACUCAAACUGCAGUUUUCGAGUCAAUGACUAAUGAGAUGUUUGAAGGUUUGUCUGGAAUCUCAAAACUCGAGCAACGACCGUACCUUCCACGUCAUUCCAUCUCUAUUCGUCCUAGUCUUGAUGAAUCAAGGGUGCAGAAGACUAUUGAAGCACAUUCUUCUUCUACUAGUCGAUAUGACAAUUCCAUUCAUCAUGGUUCUACUUUUCCUCCGAGUAAUCCGAAAGGUAAGCCUCUAAGAUUUGAUAUGAAAUACAAGUUUAAUGCGAAAUUUAAUUUUAAUUAUUAUUCAGCUGUGUUCAACGGUUCGAUGGGUACAAAAUUUCGGAAUAUGAACGAUCCCAGCAUACAGAUGAACAGCAAUCAAUCAAAGCAAUCUGUAUCAUUCAACGAAAGUUUCACCAAUCUGGAGGUAUCAUUCAGUCGUGUCAUAACAUCAACGCCAAAUCGAGUUUUCCCGAUUGAUUAUUCAAUCAAUUCUUCCACUCAACAUGAGGCAAUGGAUCUAACUGUGCCAAGUUGCGAACAAGCACUUUGCCUGGCCUUACCGAAAGCUACAUCACAGCAAGAAAAUCCCAUUUCACCAUUGGACCUUCGCACAUCUAGGAAUGUUACUCCGUCUGAACAGGCCACUAUCGAGGCAUGUAGCGAGUUACCAAUUGCUGUUCGACAUAAAUUGAAUGUUUACCAGGAUCAAAGCACAGCAUUUCCGCGCGAGGCAGAUCACGACGAUCUAGAUGGUUCAGCUGUGGAGUCUGAUUCAACCUCCAAAGAUGCUGACUGGCAUCCUGAUAAAAACGAUAUUGAAGAUAGCGAAGAUGAGGAUCCUGCUCGAUUGAUUCGUACACCUAAAGCAAAGUCCGAAGAUACUGACAGAGGUGACGAAGAUCUUGACAUCAACAGUGACUCUGAAGAAAGCAUAGAUGGAGAUCCUACAUGCCUAAAUGAUUUAACCAUUUAUGAAUACUUUGAAAAAUACCAAACAUUAGUCAGUGAAGAUGAAUUUGAGGAAAAUUCUGAUGGCGAAGACGAGAUCGAUAAACCACAAAAACGAGCAGCUAAUAAUCAUCCUUUACCGUCGAAGCGUUUAUGCCUUGGAUUGGGUGAAUCGAAUAUAUUGAACAACAACCGAGAUAACAACAUAAGCAUUCAAGGAACUGAUAACAUAGAAAAGGAAGCUGUACAAAUCAAAAUUUCUAAACAACAUAUAAGGAAUCGAAACAAGCGUAAUAAGGAGAAAGGUUUGGAAUAUCAACGUCGAGACGGUACAAUUGUUCCCGCUAGAUCGAUCAAACCAUCUUGCAACUGUAAACUUGAUUGUGGUAAAAAGUAUCCAGAUGCGACUCGGAGAAAGCUCUUAUCAAGUCUUCUACAAGUGAAAUCAUCAGGACAGAACCAGUUCUUGGCCAGUCAUAUUUCUGUGACAAAAACAGCACGUCCAAAGGUUUGUUUAUUCAAAUAUACAAUUUACUUUUAUUAUUUAGCAUCGGUUAAAUGUACAUGGAAACAUGGCUAAGACAAACAGACGUAAUACUUAAAAUAUUUCCGUGAUUGGUUAGGCCGUUUGAGCUUAUUUUUAAUCUUAAUCUAGAUUACAGAGCUCAG